CGCCAUGUCGAACCAGCAAGCCUCGCGCUUCACGCCCCAGAACAAGACGACAAACGAGCGGCUGUCAACGCACACGGUCGGCCUCGUCGCGCUCUCCGACUUCCGCAAGCGGCGCGCCGAGGUCCUCGAGCAGCAGGAGCGCGAGGCCCGCGAGGCCGCGCUCUCAGGCACGUCAUCAAAACCGGACCGCUCGCAGACUGGCACUCCUGACAACGCUGGCAGUGAAUCCGCCGGCAGCGCCGCUGGCCCGGGGCCGCUGAAGAAGAAGAAGAAGAAGCCUACGAAGAACAAGGCGAAGCAGAACCCCGGCAAGAAGCUCUUGUCCUUUGGCGACGAUGAGGAAGAAGAGGACGAGUCCGAAACCGGGAGCGCGAGCGCUGCUGCUUCGACGACGGAGCCCUCGAGCGACAAGGAUGGACAGCAGCAAUCGGGCGGCGAGAAAAAGGCCAAGAUCAAGGCCAAUGCGGCGGUGGGUGUGAUCCCCAAGGCUGUGACCAAGGCGGCGCUGCGCAAAGAGGCUGCGGAGCGAGAGGCGCUGCGGCGGGAAUUCGUUGCCUUGCAAGAGGCCGUCAAGGCCACCGAGAUUGCGAUCCCGUUUGUCUUUUACGACGGCGCCAACAUCCCCGGCGGGACGGUGCGCAUGAAGAAGGGCGACUUUGUCUGGGUGUUUCUGGACAAGGGCCGCAAGGUGGGCGCGGAGCUGGGCGUUGGAGAGCAGACAAAUGCACAGAGAGCAUGGGCACGAGCAGGCGUGGACGACUUGAUGCUGGUGAGAGGGACUGUCAUUAUUCCUCAUCAUUACGACUUCUAUUAUUUCAUCGUCAACAAGACCACCGGGCCCGGCGGUAAGCGCCUCUUUGACUACAGCGCCGAAGCGCCGAUCCGACCAAGCUCAACCGACGACUCGGAGGCGGCCAAGGCGCGACAGCCCGACAUCUCCACGCUGGAAGGGUACAACGAGGACCCGACUCUGACAAAGGUGGUGGAUCGGAGGUGGUAUGAGAGGCACAAGCACAUCUAUCCGGCGAGCACGUGGCAGGAGUUUGAUCCGGAGAUGGAUUACUCGACGCAGAUUCGGAAAGACAAUGGCGGCAACACCUUUUUCUUCUCCUCAAAGUGA